AAUUCACCCCUUCGAAUUGCCAGUUGUCAGCUGUUAGUCAGUUUUUGACGGUCGUGUGUGAAAAUUAAUGCAAAAAAAUCCCCAAUAGAUAAACAAUAAAUCGGUGUGCGGAAAAAGGAAGCCCAGGAACAGUUAAAACUCGCGUCGUUUUGGUUCUUUUAGUUUUCCUUAACUCACUUUGCUUUGCGCUCUGUCAGGCAUUUCAGUUUUUGUGGUGGGCGCCCCCGAAAAUCAAGUGAUUAUUAAUCGGCAAUUUGCUAAUCAGGAAUAUGGAUAUUCUGAGGAAAAUGUUCAAGUCGGAGGCGGAAAAGGAGCCGGAUUCUUCGACUUCCGCUUCCAAUAAGGACGAAUUCCGGAAGCCGCAGUGGUUCGAGGAGGCCGAAACCGACGAUGAACUCUUCGACGACGAUCGCAAGUUCGCCUUCCAGGUCUUCACCAGUCCGCUGGAGAUGCAGAAGCACUUCGAGAGCCAGCUGCAGCGACUCCUCGAGUCCCUCAACGAUAGUGAAGAUGGCUUUGAGCGUGACUUGAAGGAAGACUUCUUGAAGCCGGGUUUCGAGAGCAAGAUUUUGAAGAGGUUUGAGCAGCAAAAGGACUUAUCCCUGGAUACUGACCUGGAUGGCGAGAUCUAUGCCGAUCAGUUGCACUCGCUUAUUCAGCGUUUGAAUCCGGAGGAGAAGGCUGAACCUGGCGACCUGGGAAUGGGCCCAAUUUUGCCAUCGAAUAAGCAUGGCUAUCGCAAGGGUUACGCUCGGGGUGCCAAGCUCACGGAUGAGGAGAUAAUCAUGGGUCGCAUCCAUGGAACCAUUUCCGCCGACGGGGAGAGUAAGUCGUGCGCUCGUCCGCCACGUCCGCCGAUGAACAACAAGCCGGACAUCAUGACGCCCAUGACUCCAAUGUUGCCGCGCAGUGGAAUGACUCCUUUCGGCGGGGUAUUCGAUGGCAACUAUCAGGGUCCCAAGCUAUUCAGCCAGAGCGUGAUGACAAAGACGGUGCGCAAACCGGAUGGCAGCUAUGAGACCACCAAGGUGACGCAGGAUUCCUCUGGUCACAAGACCACCACCGUGACCCGUAUGAUAGACGGGCGCAAGGAGACCAUUGUCACCCACGAUGGCGGAGAUGCUGCACCCAAAAUAAGGGGACAGCAGCAGCAGCAGCAGCAGCUGGAGAAGAAGGAGGUGGUGGCAAUGGCAGCCCAAGGCGAACGCAACAUAUUCGUGACAAAAGAAGGCUACGCCAUGCCACGUAACCUCUGGUGACCAGUGGUGAACAACUAUUGCCCCAAUCAAGACAAGCGAUCUCUGCUGCAGCAAGAAAAGAAAGCGAAACAACAGCAACAGUAUGAGGAUAAGCUAAAGCGAUUCGUUGGCAACAUAGUAGUCCCGCAUCCACACAACAUCCAAAUUAGAACCUACUACAUUUUAGUUUACAUUCUCCUUAGUGUUUGGUGUUUUAGAUGAAACGCACUUGAGACAACAGAUGACGACGAUUAUUGACCAUGAUUUUAUUGACCAGCGAUCUAUAUCCAAUGAUCGAUUCGGCCAUAUAUAUUAUGUGUGAGACAGGCGCCCUUAACCCGGUGGCGCCGCACUUUCUGUUCCCAGAUCCAGGGCUCUCCGCAGGCCAAGCUCGAACUCCCCAAUCGAUUGGAGAUAUGGAGAUAAUGGGGUUUGCAGACGGAUUAUCGGGAGAUGGCUCGUGUUGAGCGGUGCGAACGUGUGAUUUUCAGUUUUGGCAGCAGCUGCUGCAGCAGCAAAAGCAAUAGCAGCAGCAGGCUAGCUGGGUUGGAUCCGGAUUGAAUGCAAUCCCCUAAAGCGCUGGCAUCCAAAACACAACCAAGCAAACCAAGAAACAAUCGCCGAAACGGCGGCAGUUAUUGUAUUAUUGUAUUGAUUCUUCGUGGUACUAUCUGUGUCUCAAUGCUGCGAUUAUUCAGCAUCUAAAGUGCCCGUAGUGUUUUAGCAGCGAAAACAAAAAUAUAUAUGGAACCACUAUACAAUACAUUACCGCUUACCAGGCAAAAACCAAUCAAGUUUAUAAACUUAUAUCUACAAUUGCGUUAAUUUUGUUAGUUAUACUCUACAUUUUUAUACUUAAAACACACCCGCGUGGUGAAUUGAUCUACUUUCUGCUUGAGCAGUCCGAGUUCAACUCACAGUAUUUUCAAUUUUGAAUUACAAUUCGGUUUUUUUUUGUUUAUUAGUUUUACUAAUCUGUAAUGCUUAAGUUUAUUUUUAUCCGAUCUAACUUUCAAAGAGGACACAAUGCAUACACGCAUUAGUUAUCAUUCAAGAAACAUGCAAAUAAAUUGUGUUGUGCAAUAA